CGGAUAUGUCUCGCUAUCUGCGUCGUCAGGUCCACAAAUGUGGUCCAUGUAUAUACGUUUGAGAACCCGCGACACGAUGGCCCUCGCAAUCCAAACUUCGCUGCCGUCACCAUACCCACCAUGAGCGCAACCACAAUCGUUGUCGCCCGCCCGGAUCCGACAAUCGUCGACAAGGUAGCCGCCCAGCUUCCAGUGUGCAAACAAUCAACACCAAACUCUGCGACCAAGACCAGUCCACCAGCCCAUAUCUCGCUCGUUGCGGGUGCUGUGGCAGGUGGUUUCGAAGCCACUGCGACCUACCCCUUCGAAUUCGCCAAAACACGCGCGCAGCUCUACGCAGGCGGCUCAAAGAAUCCAUUCACCGUCAUUGUGCAGGUCGCGAGAGCUAAUGGUUUCGGGGCCAUAUACACAGGUUGCUCCACGCUCAUAAUAGGCACCGCGGUCAAGGCGGGCGUUCGUUUCCUUUCUUUCGAUGCUAUCCGCAGCCAACUUGCGGAUGAAUGCGGCGUAUUAUCGCCAGGGCGAGGUCUGCUCGCUGGUAUGCUGGCAGGCACGGUAGAAAGCGUUGUUGCUGUUACACCCACUGAGCGCAUCAAAACUGCGCUUAUUGACGACGCAAAGAGUCAUCACCAAUUCCGAGGAGGCAUUCACGCAGCCAAGAGUAUUCUGGUGGCCCAAGGCGUUCCUGGACUAUAUCGGGGACUUCUAUCCACAACGAUGAAGCAGUCCGCGACAUCGGCUGUGCGAAUGGGCUCAUAUAACGUCCUCAAGGAGUUCUUGCGGCGGAAGAACCUUGCUCAGAACAGUGUUACCACAUUUGCAACUGGCGCGCUCGCUGGUACGAUCACUGUAUAUGCGACACAACCGUUCGACACCAUCAAGACAAGAUCGCAAAGUGCAAAGGGAGCCAGUACUAGCGAGGCGUUGCGGAGUGUGUUACGAGAGACUGGGGUGUGCGGAUUCUGGCGUGGCAGUACAAUGCGACUCGGAAGGUUGGUCUUCAGCGGUGGCAUCGUCUUCACGGUGUAUGAGAAGAUUGUGGCUCUGCUACACAAGCCGAAUUGAGGGUAUGUCUCUCAAAAUGACAAUUAUAUGCCGAUCUUUGAGAUUCAAUUGAUCCUGGAGGCCUAAUCUCUAUAUCAUGUUGAUCCUAGACAUACGUAAAAAUACCAGCC